AUGGUGAAUAUAUAUGAAAUAAGAGAGGCACAAAGAGCUCGUGGCCCAGCAACGAUUCUAGCUAUUGGAACUGCAACUCCAUCAAAUUGCAUUUACCAAUCUGAUUUUCCAGAUUAUUACUUCCGAGUUACCAAUAGCAACCACAUGCCUCAACUCAAGGACAAAUUGAAACGUAUAUGUGAGAAGUCACUGAUAAAGAAACGCUACAUCCACUUGACAGAAGAAAUGUUGAAAGAAAAUCCAAACAUAUCGACUUAUGACAAACCAUCUCUGGACGCACGCCAAGACAUUUUAGUUGAACAAGUACCAAAGCUAGGAGAAAAAGCAGCAUCAAAAGCUAUAAAAGAAUGGGGAGGAUCAAAAUCAGAGAUAACUCAUCUCAUAUUUUGUUCAACUUCAGGCGUCGACAUGCCUGGUGCUGAUUAUCAACUCGUCAAACUCUUAAACCUAAAUCCAUCCAUAAAAAGAUUCAUGUUAUAUCACCAAGGUUGUUUUGCUGGUGGAACUGUUCUUCGUCUCGCGAAAGAUCUUGCUGAGAACAACGCUGGUGCACGUGUCCUCGUCGUGUGUUCUGAAAUAACUGUUGUUACUUUCCGUGGUCCGAAUGAAAAUCACAUGGAUUCGUUGGUUGGACAAGCGCUCUUUGGUGACGGUGCUUCAUCCGUGAUUGUUGGAUCAAACCCUGAUGAAAGAACUGAACGGCCAUUGUUUUAUCUUGUUUCGGCUUCAGAAACGAUUCUACCAAACUCAGAAGGUGCGAUAGAAGGACACUUACGUGAAGUGGGACUGACAUUUCAUUUGAAAGAGAAUGUUCCGGAGUUGAUUGGUGAGAAUAUUGUGAAAAGUUUAGAAGAAGCAUUUCAUCCGCUUGGAAUAACUGAUUGGAAUUCAUUGUUUUGGGUAGCACACCCUGGCGGUCCAGCAAUAUUGAAGAGGAUUGAAAAAACAGUUGGGUUGAAUUCAGAAAAACUAAAUGCGACAAAACAUGUUCUGAGUGAGUAUGGAAACAUGUCGAGUGCUUGUGUGUUAUUUAUAUUGGACGAGAUGAGAAGAAGGUCUAUGAAGGAAGGGAAAUUGACUACUGGUGAAGGACUUAAGUGGGGUGUUUUGUAUGGAUUUGGUCCUGGCUUGACCAUGGAAACCAUUGUUUUGCAUAGCGCCGCAAACAUAUAA